AAACCUUCUAUUAUCCAUUAUCGGAUAGGACACGAAUUUAAAGCUUUCUACUUUCGGUAGCCUUCUCUUACUAAACCUAUUUGUUGUGACGUAUUCAUCUAAUUCCAACACAAGCAGUCGGCUCAAGACGAAAAAUAAUGAUAUCUCUACUGCUUCUGAUUUUCCUAGUCGAGGUCGGCGUUCACCUAGUGAACACAGUUGGCGCUGCGACGAUAAAUGACCUGCUAUGGAACAUAUAUCUAGCUCUCCCGACCGAAUUCUCGAAGCAGGUGGCGGAAAGGAAAAAGCUGCAAAAGGAAUACCUUACGAUCCGCCGCGACCUGAAUGCUACGAGCAGCCAGGACCAGUUUGCGAAAUGGGCGAAGCUUCGACGGCAGCACGAUAAGGUGUUGGAACAGCUGGAGAAGAUGAAAACCUCCCACGAAGGCGCCAAAUCGAAGUUCGACAGUACCGUUAAUAUCCUACGUUGGUUGGCGACGUCCGGAUUGAAGUUCUUCCUCCCUUUCUGGUACGCGAAACAGCCCAUGUUCUGGCUCCCGCACGGCUGGUUCCCAUACUACGCCGAAUGGGUUUUGUCCUUCCCACGAGCCCCCUUAGGCAGCGUUAGUAUCGCAUCGUGGCAGGCGGCCUGUGCUGGGGUGGUCUUGUUGGUGAGGAGUACUAUCACCGCGAUUCUAGGAUUGGUACUGGGUGCGAAGAUGGAGAAGAAACAACCAGUCAAAGUGGGCGCAGAGAAGGGUCCCAUACCGAAGUCACAAGAAGCAAAGGCCAAGAAGGAUUCAUGAUUAUUUAGGGGGGAUACGUAGAGGUUACGUUAGAUUGCUUGUACUAUGUAGGUCAAGGAAUUACUUAUAAUCAUGGACUGGUAGAUACGGGAAAGAUAUCAUAUGUCUCUCAUCUAAUUUGACGCAGAGUUUUUCAUCGCAGAAUGCUUGGAACUCUGUAACACGAUUGAGAUGACUCUUGGCAGAGUACUUUGGGUCGCUCUAGGCAGCAUAUUGACUCUGACGACCAUCGAGAAAAAGGAUCGUUAAAGCUUCGAAAGUGCCAGAUAUAAUAAUAAUACAUCACGGUUUGUCUUACCUUAAAUCAGUAUAUAGUAUCGCAGCGGUGAUAUAUAUAUAGCUUAGAGACGAUAUCGACUUCGAAAUGGGUAUAAUAGAAUAAUAUGUAGUAUAUAUUCCAUUUCAUUCCCUGCUAUAGGUUCAAUUCUUAGAUACAGCUUAUAUAUGCGCACUUGUGACUCGCAUAUUGUGUAUGAAGAAGAUUU